UCCCCCUCCGCCGCCGGCUCGAGAUCUGAUUCCUGAUCCCCGAUUGCUUGGUCCUCGGUCCCGCCAUGGGAGCCUGAGCACCCUGCAGUCCCCCGGCCCCCUGCCCCCGGGGCCUCGAGGGGGAAAGAGGCGAGUGGUCUGGGACGGAGCCGGGGUGAGCCACCUCGGGAGCCCCCCUCGACAGCCCCCAUCGGCCGCGCUGCCGGUCCUGGAGCGCGGAGUUCGGAGCGACCCGGUGCGCUGCGGAUACAAAGGCGCGGAGCGGAGCGGGGCGUGCGCCUCGUCCACCCGGCUUGUUCGCAGCGGCGGCUCCCAACUGUGCGCUUCUACUCUCUUUCCUGUGGGAAUUCAUCUUCCGGCUUUGUCUCCAAUCAACCUCCUGUCUCUGAGUUGACCUGAACCCUCCCACCCUCUGCAGGGAUCGUCGCUUGAAUUUCUCUGAGAUAAGCCCACUCGUCCAGCAAAAUAGAGUCCCUCAGGGUGACAGUUGACUUCCUAAAGGUGCCUCUUGGCCUGAAGAAGCCCGUGCUGAAGGAGGUGGCAGUGGGGCCCCCCAAGAGGCCCCAGCCCGCGACCCUGGAGCGCUACAAGGCACGGCGUUCAGACGCCAUGGACACCGAGUCCCAGUACUCGGGCUAUUCUUACAAGUCGGGCCAUUCCCGCAGCUCCCGGAAGCACAGGGACCGCAGGGACCGACACCGCUCCAAGAGCCGGGAUGGGAGCCGUGGGGAUAAAUCGGUGACGAUCCAGGCUCCGGGAGAGCCCCUGCUGGACAAUGAGUCCACGAGGGGAGACGAGCGGGAUGACAACUGGGGAGAAACAACCACCGUGGUCACAGGCACCUCUGAGCACAGCAUCUCCCACGAUGACCUCACACGCAUCGCGAAGGACAUGGAGGACAGUGUCCCGCUGGAUUGCUCACGCCACUUGGGCGUGGCGGCAGGGGCCACUCUGGCGCUGCUCUCUUUCCUCACCCCGCUGGCUUUCCUGCUUUUGCCUCCACUGCUGUGGCGGGAGGAGCUGGAGCCAUGUGGGACAGCGUGCGAGGGCCUCUUCAUCUCUGUGGCCUUCAAGCUGCUCAUCCUGCUGUUGGGCAGCUGGGCUCUGUUCUUCCGCCGGCCCAAGGCCUCGUUGCCCCGAGUCUUCGUGUUACGGGCGCUGCUCAUGGUGCUCGUCUUCCUGCUUGUUAUCUCCUACUGGCUCUUCUAUGGCGUGCGCAUCUUGGAUGCCCGGGAGCGCAGCUACCAGGGCGUGGUUCAGUUUGCUGUUUCGCUGGUGGACGCCCUCCUCUUCGUGCACUACCUGGCCGUGGUUCUGCUGGAGCUGCGCCAGCUCCAGCCUCAGUUCACACUCAAGGUGGUGCGGUCCACAGACGGGGCCAGCCGCUUCUACAACGUGGGCCACCUCAGCAUCCAGCGAGUGGCAGUGUGGAUCCUGGAGAAGUAUUACCAUGACUUCCCUGUCUACAACCCCGCCCUCCUCAACCUGCCCAAGUCCGUCCUGGCCAAGAAAGUGUCUGGCUUCAAGGUGUAUUCUCUCGGAGAGGACAACAGCACCAAUAACUCCACUGCUCAGUCAAGGGCUGUGAUUGCGGCAGCAGCGCGGAGACGGGACAACAGCCACAACGAGUACUACUAUGAGGAAGCCGAGCAUGAGCGCCGAGUGCGAAAGCGCAGGGCCAGGCUCGUGGUGGCUGUGGAAGAGGCCUUCACUCACAUUAAGCGACUGCAGGAAGAGGAGCAGAAGAACCCCAGGGAGGUGAUGGAUCCCCGGGAGGCGGCCCAAGCCAUCUUUGCAUCCAUGGCCCGUGCCAUGCAGAAGUACCUUCGGACCACCAAGCAGCAGCCUUACCACACCAUGGAGAGCAUCCUGCAGCACUUGGAGUUCUGCAUCACUCACGACAUGACGCCCAAGGCCUUCCUAGAGCGAUAUUUGGCAGCCGGACCCACCAUCCAAUACCACAAGGAACGUUGGCUGGCCAAACAGUGGACAUUGGUGAGCGAGGAGCCGGUGACCAAUGGGCUUAAGGAUGGCAUCGUUUUCCUCUUGAAACGCCAGGACUUCAGCCUGGUGGUGAGCACCAAGAAGGUGCCAUUCUUCAAACUCUCUGAGGAAUUUGUGGAUCCCAAGUCACAUAAGUUCGUCAUGCGACUGCAGUCGGAGACCUCUGUGUGACUUUGCAGCGUCAGGGGAGGGGGUGGGGCUCCUGCAGAGUGGGGGAGGCUCGGGUCCCUGACCCUGCCACACUCCUGCCGCCCCACUUCCUCUUGCUCUUGUUUUCUUUUGUUCUUUACUUGAAUUAACUUAUCCUGUAUCCGUCCUCAGUUUUCCCGUGUAAAUCUGGAGAGACCACCUUGCUUUAACAGUAUCUGGGAACCACCCUGCCCUCCCCCAAGCUUGUAUCACCCCAGGCUCUGCAGGAAACAGUGCCUCUUACCCAGUUCUUCCCCAAAGUGUCCCCUGGGUGGAAGUCCUUCCUCAAAGGGCACAGGGGCUUCUUGAUUGUACCCUAACCCUGAGCUCCCACUUAACAAAUCUGAGUUCUUAGAGCCCUGCUCUCCAGUGGACCCUAAUAGGGUUUCUCUGGGGGGCACAGCUUUGACCCCAGAGAGCCAUGGUGCCAAACUCCUGCAGGACAGCAGCUAACCCUAUUACCUGUCCCCUCCCGUAGCCCUGAAUCCCUGGGCAAGGAUGCACCUGUGACAGUAGUCCCAGAGUUAGUAUGCAUUCUCCCUGCAGUGUUACCACAUAUACACACACACACCCCAAGCAGGAAGUCCCAUCUUCUACCCAGGAGUCUUCACUGCUAUUUCUAACUUGUGUGAUCACAUGGUCACAGGCAAACUGCUUUGACCACUUUGCCAGGGCUGUGGACAACUCCUGAGGACAAGGGCAGGAUAGACCCCUGAGAGCCGCUCACUCCCACCCUUACCUGUGAAGGAUGCAUUUGACUUCUGUGGGGGCUUGAUGACAUGCAGACCCUGACCAACCCUGUGGUCCAGGACAUUUUCCUUUUCUGCUCCAGCUACCCCAGCCCUGCUGACUUCCAGCUCUAGAGACCUGUGGCCUCACCUCAUCUUAGGGGAGGGACCAGCAGCUCCUUUUCAUGCCUGGCCUUAAGUCCAGUUCUUAGCCUCAGGGGUCUCUUUUUCAUGGCCUUCCAGGGUCCCAGCCUCUUCUCUCCUUGCCUCUGUAUUGGGGUGAGGGACCAGGGUUCCUGCCUUUUUGGCUCCUCUCCCCAUUUUAACUAACAUAGCCUUUGCACCAAGACUGAAUCCCAGUAAUUUAAAGCUCACUUUGAGCAGGAUUCACUAACCCUCUUAUGGAUAUUUUCAGAGCCAAUUUGAGCCUUUAAAUCAGACACAUUUAAAUUAUUUUUUAUCACAAGGAAUAGAAAUAGGAAAUAUCCACAUCCAUCCUUCCAGGAUCCAUGAGAGGAUGGUUCUGAUGGCUGGGAUGGAGCAAUGCCCCUGGGCCACUUCUCUAAACAACUCCCAAAGCCCGGGCAUAGGCCGUUCGCUUCCCCGGAAGUGUUACUGGUAUUUGCUGUGCCAAGCACACGCAGAGAUGAGGUCCCCAUUGAUCUCGCUGUGAGGCUGUGGGAUCCACAGCCCACCCACCCCUUACUAAGGGGCUCAUCCAUUAGCGCUUACUUUGUUCCCACAGGAAUGAGCAUUUGGAGCUGACUUAGACAGGGCCUCACGGUGAGCCUAGGGCUGAGGUAGAGGUUCCUGGGUAGAUUCCAGUGAUAUAAAUCUGUACUUAGUCAUGGGAAGGUAUCUUUUCUUUAAAAAAAAAAAAAAAAAAAGGAAGAAAAUCAGGUUUCAGAGGAGUCCUUUUUGGGUCACGUAAAUACCUCACUGUCCUGGAAUAGCAGGGCCUGGAUGGUGAUUGGAGUUGCUGCCUUUGUGGGCAAGAAUGGGGUGUGGUUGUUCGUUUGAGCAGUGGGCGGGGGUGGGCAGAAGGAAAAUAUUUGGCAUCUUAGUUGAUGCCCUAGGGUUAGGGGCACGGGAGUGUUUAUUUUAAGAACCUGCCAUGUUUUUUAAUCACUGUGAUAUUUUCAUUCCUUUUCCCUAACAACGAAGAGAAAAAAUUUCCCUGACUCUGUCUAGGCACUAAGGGCUGUGACUAAGAAUGGUAGCGUUUUGGUCCUUUGUGUCAGAACUGUGGUAUCUUUGUCUACUUCGGUUGUUAUUAUGUUUUAAAAUGUCAGGAUGAAUCGUCAAGUGUAUAGCUCUGUGCGUGCGUGCGUGCAUGCAUGUGUGUGUGCGUGCAUGCGUGUGUGUGUGUGUUUGUGUGUGUGCGCGUGUGUGCGUGUAAGAGGGAGAGAGAGAGAAGAGAGAUGUGUGUCUGUGUGUCUGUCUUUUGCUUCUCCAGAAUAGGACACUGUCUUCAUGCUGUGAACCGCUGUGGGUGGGCAGCUGACUCAGUUCCUCUGAGCAGCUCCCCCCCCACCCCAGUCCUGCCCCAGCUCUCACUCGGUUUCUGUUCUUCCACUGUAGGAAUGUGCCUACCCAGCCCAACGCCAUCGCAUAGGGGACGCUGUGCUGGGCUUCUGCAGUGCACUUGUUUCUCUGUCUGUGUGGCAUCCUAGCUCGUCCCCACUGCACAGCUUGGCCUUUGUGUUGAUGACCUUGCAGUGCUUACCUCUCUUCCCUCCACACCAGGACACCGUGCCUCAGUCCUUCACCUACCUCGCCACUCUGUCAUUGUCCCCAUUGUCCCUUUCUAGUUUCUCCUACAUAUGUGUCUUUGUUCUCUCUGUCUUUAUUUAUGUCCCUUCAGUCUCUCUCACUUCUUCCCCCUUCCUUCCAUCUCUUCCCUUACGCGUUUGCUCCUAGCCAGCCACAGCAUUUCCAUUGUAAACCCUGAUUUAAUAAAGACAGGGAGGCAGGAUUCCAGGGACGUCCUCACUCCAAAUGUCUGUUGCCCAGGGUUUGUGCUUUCCCUGUUGCUUGGACCUGGCUCUGCCUUGUCCCUUCCUGGUGUCUGUCAGUCUCUGUCCCUCCCUCUGUCCUUCCUGUGGGGCAACAUCUACUGAUGGACUCUGUUCUGAUGUGUGAUUGUUGUAAUUUGUUCUGUGUGCAUAAAGAAGGGGCUUCUUGAGUCUCUUCCACGUGAGAUUGUAAAUGUAGAAUUUUCCAUUGUUGGAUCUAGAUUUUUUUAUUCCUUUUUUCCCCUUCCUUCCUUCCUUCCUUCCUUCCUUCCUUCCUUCCUUCCUUCCUUCCUCUCUCUCUCUCUCUCUCUCUCUCUCUCUCUCUCUCUCUCUCUCUCUCUCUCUCUCUCUCUCUCUCUCUCUCUGUCUUUCCUUUUUCUUGGUUACAGAGCUGAGACCUUGUGCAUGCAUGUAGAAAAUUGUAAAAUGUAAAUUUUUUUUUAAUAUAUAAAAAGCUUGUUUUUACAGUUUGCAGUGGAUUAAACAUUAUGGCAAUUUUAGGGAUUUUUUCUUAAACAUAGGAACUAAAACUGUACAAAUUUUUUUUAUAUAUAAAAUAAAGACAUUUGACUUUUG